AUGCCCAAGUCAAAACGCUCAAAAUUGGUUUCCUUGACCAAGGUCUCCAAGAAGACCAGAGAACAUAAAAGUGCCUUGAUGAUCGAGAUCCAAAACAGUGCUGAAAAGUGGAGAUCUUGCUGGCUAUUUGAAGUCGGAUCUAUGCGCAAUGCGCACUUAAAAACUGUGAGGAAACUAUGGAAAGAUUCAGCUAGAAUAUUCUUUGGAAAGGGGGCGGUCAUGGCAAAAGCAUUGGGCACAACACCGGAAGAGGAACACCGGUUAGGUCUAGCAAAACUCGCCACACAAAUAAAAGGCCAAGUCGGCCUCCUGUUCACCAAUACUGAACCACAAGAAGUGCUAGAGUGGUUCGCCGACUUCCAACAGCCAGAUUUUGCCCGAGCAGGCAACACCGCAACGCGGACAGUGAUACUCCCCGCGGGACCUGUAAUGCGACACCAUUCAGACCCACCAGAACCCUUCCCUCACAAUGAAGACCCUCAACUACGGAAGCUCGGCCUUUCGACGUCGAUGGUCAAAGGUGUCCCGACAUUAAAUGCACCCCAUAAGCUCUGCGACAAGGGCAAAACCUUGACCAGUGAACAAGCUCAGCUGCUGAAGCUGACGGGAGUCAAAAUGGUGACAUUCCGCGUCGGCUUGCUAUCACGGUGGGAUACUGCAACUGGAGAAGUGCUUCAGAUCGAGGGCGGUGGAUUGCCAGCGGGGGAUAAAGGUCAGGACGACGAGAUUGAUGCUGAGGAUCCGGACGCGGAGAUGAGUGAGUAG